AUCAUAAAUGGAUUUGGAUGACCAAGAAAGAUUCUAUGGAAAAUAAUGCUGGCGAUAGUGAGAUAGCCAAAAGAGAAAAUGCCGUCUACCCUACGGAAUUUUUACAAAGAUUUGGUUACUUGCCCGAGCCAGAACCUGGUGUUGCGUAUGAUUCAGAAACUAAAACCAACGCAAUAAAAGAAUUCCAGAACAUGUAUCAUCUGGAAGAGACUGGAAAACUGAACGCCGAAACUAUUCACGCCAUGACGAUUCCGAGAUGUGGAAUUCCCGACAUCAUUAGCGACGAAGGAAGUGAUGAUGAAAAACGGGAAAUAGCUAAAAGAUAUAACACCCCUGGUUACAAAUGGACCAAAAAUCAACUGAAAUGGAAAAUGCAGAACUUUUGGUAUGCUGACAGAAUGUCAGAGAGUACCCAGAGACAAGCGAUCACAGAUGCCUUUGCUCUCUGGAGUCAGGUAGUCCCACUCGAUUUCCAGGAAACAACAGGGAAGGCUGAUUUGAACCUCAAAUUUUCCACUAGAAAUCAUGGAGAUGGUGCUGAAAAUGCAUUUGAUGGGCCAAAUGGCGUACUUGCGCACGCCUACUUUCCAGAAAACGGGGAGCUUCAUUAUGACGCCGAAGAAGAUUGGACGGAUGGGGUUAACAAGGGCAUCAAUUUGAAAAUUGUUACUGCCCAUGAGUUGGGGCAUGCUAUUGGACUGGGUCAUUCAAAUGUUCAAGGCGCAUUGAUGGCUCCGUAUUAUGCAGGCUAUGAGGAAAAUUUUAAGCUGAGAUAUGACGAUAUUUUGGGAGCGCAAACGUUAUAUGGUGGAAGAGCCCAAGAUAAUCCAACAUCAACGACGGCUCCAUCAACACUGCCCUCAACACAACCAACAAAACCAGCCACCACUCCAGCUCCCAAUCCAACGACUUCCAUCAUUCCCGAUCCAUCCAAUCCGGAGACUUGCAAUCUUGUCGUUAAGGCUGUUGCUCAAACUCAUGACCAGCGCAUAUAUUUUUACGUCGGUGACAAGAUGUGGAGAGCCAGUGACUACGGAGUCGAUCCGGGCUUUCCAGCUCUUAUUUCCACCGCGUACGAGAAACCUCCUUCUGAUGUUGAUGCUGCUGUCUUCUCGUGGAAAACCUACUACACUUACUUUUUCAAAGGCUCAGAGGUUUGGGUUUAUUACGGAUUUCAAUUAUUGGUGCACAAGAACGAACUCAGUUCCGCAUUCCCAUCAAGUCCUCAAGCUGCCUUCACAUCUACUGAUACAGGGCCUAUUUAUUUGCUGAAGGAUAAUUAUUUGUAUCAAUUCGACGAGUCGACGUUUGAUCUUGCGGCUGGAGUGACUCCGAAAGCGAUCCAAGAGGUCUUCCCGAACUUGCCCACACCACUAAACAGCAUCCUACGUCUCUCUUCAAGUCCUUUCCUUUAUGUCUUCUCCGGCAAUCAGUACUACAAAUACGACCCUGCAUCUAGAAAGGUACUAGACGGGUAUCCGAAGCCCAACAAAAUGUGGAUGGGCAAGACAUGCGGUAUUCCACCGUUCACACCAAAGUAAAUGGUAUCUUCGUGUAAAAUACCACAAUCACAGAGGAAAUUAAAAUGCAGUUGUGUAUUUGGUAUCGAACUAUAUACACAAUGAUACAAACAAUAAUACAAAUGAAUAACUGUAUGAAACAGUUUUUAUCAAUGAUGCCUACAUUAAUUUUGUGUUUGAAAUUAGUUUCAAUAAAAUGAUUUUUAAGAAUUUAGUUGGAUUAGUUUCAUUGUGACAUUAGUUUGUUAGUUAAGCUGUAAAGUUGAAAAAAUAUUUGGACAGCUAAGAAUAUAAAAUAAUGUUUAAAACGU